CUUAAUUAUAUAUUGUUUUUUAAAGAUGAGGUUAUUUCCUACAAAACAAAUAUAGAUUAUUGAAAUCGUACCAUUUGUUGCAGAGAUAUGGAUCUUUGAAUUAUGGUCACAUGUUCCUUGGAAAUACCCUCAAUAAUUUAUAUAGUGACUUUUUGAAUGAAACCGACGAUAUGAAUCAUAUAACAGUGCAGACUGAGUUGCCGGUGACCGCUGACGUGUCCACUAACACGGCACUCCUAUUUCCGGAGCAGAGGACCACUUCCAAUCUGGAUCUGCUACACUUUGAGACGCCGCGGAUGACGAGGGGCCGGUCGAACCUGACCCUGACAGACCUCCCCCUGCCCUGGAGCAACACGGUCCUGAGGGAGAGGUUGCGGCUGCUGCACGAAGAGGCCGAGCUGGAGGAGCAGGUCCAGGAGGCGAGGAUGGCGGCCCUCAGGGCCAAGAAGGAGCUGCUAUUGUCGAGGAUGAAGAGCUUCCAGGACCGCCAAUCAGGGGGCACUUCUUCCCUGUCCGUCGAGUGAACCUGGAUUGUUGUUAUCUUAUCUAAUAGAAUCUGAUUCUGUCAGGGUCGGCGUUUAUUUAUUUAUUUUUUAA